GUGUCAACCUCCAGCAGCUCCAAAGUCCAAACCAUUAACCCAUUUGAAGCUACCCGUUUAAACGCGCCAUAGAACUAAACCUACACAACCGCCGGUUGCCGCCCAUACCAGCCACCUCCUUCUUUCACGUUCGCCCAUUUUCUGUCACAUGUGAAAUUUGUUCAUUAAAGUGAGCAGCAGAUGCGGAGGUAAAAUUUGAAAAGUGAAACAUUGGCGGCAACUUUACUAAACUCACCAAAAGCUGAUGAUGAUAUUUAUCUAAAGACCAUGAAAGUUGCAACUUCAAGCUGAUAUGAGCGAUCCGGCAAGUGAAUCAAAUGACACACAUUCAAGCUCUCAAGAAGCUCAGAAGCCCCAGAUUGAGCCUAUUCGGAUGCCUACAGUGGAGGAAAUAAGGGGCCAAGACAUUUGGAAUAACUGUGCAGUUCGUAGUGUUGUUAGCGGAGUCAUGGGAGGGGGGCUUGGGUUGUUCAUGGGUCUGUUUCUAGGGGCACUGGAUAACCCAAUAAUGCAAGAGGAAAUGACAACAAGGCAACAACUUGUAUACCAAGCAAAGCAGAUGGGUCGGAGGAGUUGGAGUUCCUGCAAGACUUUUGCUGUUAUGGGUUUGGUUUUCUCUGCUGCUGAGUGUGUCGUUGAGAAGGCACGGGCAAAGCAUGACAUGACAAAUACAGCAGUUGCAGGGUGUGUAACAGGAGGUACAUUAUCAGCUAGAGGUGGACCAAAAGCUGCGUGUGCAGGUUGUGCUGGCUUUGCUACAUUUUCAGUUUUGAUAGAGAAGUUCUUGGAUAGAUAUCACUAAUCCAAGUAAGUAGACAAUAUGGGUCAUUCCUCAGCCUGUGACAAUGGAAGUUACACCAACCUACAUAUAUUUAUAAUAUGAUCACUUUAUUUUUGCCCCCAAAACCACGAGCUUAGGGAUGAGCAGUGUUGUAAACAUGCCACCAACUUUAUACGUCAUUUUUACCUUCUGUGCACUCCUUGAAUUCUUGCUGGUCCCAGAACUGGGAAAAUGUAGCAUUUAUUUAGACACAUUUAAGACAUUUUUGUUUAAUAAUAGUUAGGUUUAUGUCCCGUUUGUAC